UCCGCUAACCAAACGAGCCCUAUACAUUCAAAUAAGUCGAUUUCUCCUCUGCCCCCUCUAUGAAUCUUGCAUUCCCUGUGUUCGACGCCGAGAUCGGUUAAGACGUCGUUCUUUUCCGUCGACUAACCUCUCUCUCUCUCUCGGUCUCCAUUAGAUCUAAUCUCAGAAUCGGGGGGGAAUGUUGUGAGGAUUGUUGGGUCUUCGCUUCGAUCGAGGGAGGGAGGAAGAAAAGAUGCAGAGUCGAGGAUCGAGCCACCGCCUGCCGGGGUUGGUGCUCCGUUCUCGGAUCUCCUCGGUGAUGCUCGCAAUGUUUGCCACCAUGGCCUCCUUCUACGUCGCCGGGCGUCUAUGGCAGGAUGCGGAAAAUAGGGUUUAUCUCAUCAAAGAGCUCGAUCGGAGGACCGGACAGGGGCAGUCCGCUAUAUCAGUUGAUGAUACGCUGAAGGUAGUAGAAUGCAGGUACCAACAUAAGAGAUUAGCUGCGCUUGAGAUGGAGCUGGCUGCGGCAAGGCAUGAAGGCUUUGUUGGGAGUUACUCUUCCAAGACAAAUGGAACUACUACUAGGAAAAGGCUGAUGGUUGUUAUAGGAAUCAUCACAGAAUUUGGGCACAAGAACAAUAGGGAUGCGAUCCGAAGGUCGUGGCUUCGAACUGGUCCAGCAUUGAAAAGGUUGAAAGAAGAGAGAGGUGUCCUCAUACGAUUUGUGAUAGGAAGAAGUGCAAAUAGAGGAGACAGUUUUGACAGGGCAAUUGAUGAUGAAAAUAGGCAUACCAAGGACUUCUUGAUUCUUGAUAAUCAUAUUGAAACAUCAGAAGAAUGUCCAAAAAAGACAAAGCUGUUUUUCGCUCAUGCUGCAGAUGCCUGGGAUGCUGAGUUCUAUGCUAAGGUUAAGGAUGACGUUUAUGUAAACAUUGAUGCUUUGGGAGCAAUGCUUGCAACUCACUUGGAUAAGCCCCGUGUUUACAUUGGGUGCAUGAAAUCUGGCGAAGUUUUCUCUCAGUCGAACCAUAAAUGGUAUGAACCAGACUGGUGGAAAUUUGGCGAUGGAAAAUCAAAAUACAGCCCGAAUUGCAUAUUGCCUAGAAUGAAACUGCUGAAAAGCAUAGACUCGUAGACAGAAAUGGGUCACAUUACAUCUGUAAUGCUUACCACAGUGCUGAUCUUGUUAGAGGAGACAAAGUGGUUAAACAAUAAAAAAGAAUUGAAGGAGCGAUUGGACAAUUUCCAGUGAACAUUUGGAACAUGACAAUAAUAGGGAAAGUUCACUCAAGAGUUAUUUAAUUUUUGGUGUUUUAUUUGAUACUUUGGUUGAAUAGUAUGAAGAGAAGAGAUCCACACACAUGUUUUUUUUGACAAUGUUAAUGGUAUAUAAAUGUGUCAGGCUGGCUUGUAGUCAAACUAGGCCCAACCUUGGUCGGCAGGAACACGAAAAAAAAUAAUAGGGAAAGUUCGCUCAAGAGUUAUUUGAAUUUUGGUAUUCUAUUUGAUACUUUGGUUGAAUACUAUGAAGAGAAGAGAUACACUCACAUGUUUUUUUGACAUUGUUAAUGGUGUCAAUAUAUCAGGUAAUAGACAAACUAGGCCCAAACUUGGUUGGCAGGAUUUUUCAUUUUUCUGGUAAUUUUUAAGCUUCUGUUUUAAAUUCAUGGCCAUUAAGGGCCUGGGAACAGGCUUGAUAUGCGAAAUUUUAGUGGGCCUUCAUCGAUCUUCAUUUGUGGAAUUGAAUUUUUUACCUAAAGAUUUGUUCUAGAAACCACUGGCCUGUGGUUUUCAGUUCUUAUAUGAGCUACAAGACAUCAGCCAUAUAUAGUUGGUUCAUCCAGGUCUUUAUGACUUGAAGCAAACCCAAAGAAAAAUCUACACCCCCUAUAUAUCACAUCAUUUAGCAAUUUCUUUUCUUAAAAAAACAAUUAUUCAUGCUCGUAAAAUGCAUACUAGAUGGUGAAAACCACUUCAAGUAGUUUGGUGAUUGUUGUGAGUGAAGGUCUCCUGGAGUUCUUUGCAGCUCAUUGUCAAAGGUACAAAUUAAUUGGAACAUGAUUCUGGUCGAAUUGCCAACAAGGCUUAUCUAAGCCAUUUGACACCCCUCUCCGCAUGGGAGAGGUAAGGUUCAAAUCCAGGCAGUAGCAUCUCUAUUUUAUUUCUCAAGGAGGGGGAGAGGGAAUUAAGCGAGUUGAUUUUAACAUAUUAUCAAAAGUUAAAUCUUGGAUGCCAGAAUCAGGAGGCAGCGAAGGUCUGAGAUUCUGUAAGUUUCUGAAGCAGGUGUGCUAUCUUAGGUAGAUGAUUCCUGCUACUAAGUGUAAAACUGAAAAGAAGCAUAUAUCAAUUUUUAAAGCUAUUAUGCGUAUAUAUUUCUCUCCCUUGAUAUCUUCUUUUUUGCUUGUUGUCUUCCUUUUUCCAUAACAAUACCGUUUGAUGUUACUCCAUGAUUUCUUUGAGGACCUUAUUUUCAUACAACUUCCUCCUUAUUAAUAAAUGUUUCCGACUUAUUGAAAUAAAUUCUGGUUCUUAAGUCACUAGAUCUCAUUUAUGCAAAUCUGAUCUCAACCUUACCCAUUCCAACGUAGAUUGGCAGAAAUGAACAAUGAAGUUGUACUCAAUAAUACAGUUUUUUGCAUUCCAUAUAUGGAUUCUGAUAGCCCUCUGAGCUCAUGUCUUGUUGUUUUUCCUCCCUCAUU